CCCGCCCUGGAUGCAGCCCUGGGGCUGGGACGAUCUGAGCAGGGGCGGGUCGCGCGGGUGCCCUCACCGCUAGCCGCCCAAUCGCCGUGGGCCCGCGGAGCCCCGGGGGGCUGGGGCAGCGGGCGGAACGUGCCGCGGCUGCGCCGACGCGCGAGCGCGGGGCCGGGCCGGGCGGGUGCGCUUAGUCUGGCGGCGGCGGCGGUGCGCGGACAGACAGACGCGUCGGGAGCGCAGCACCGCCCGCAGCCCAGCAAUCCGGGCCGUGCCCGCCCGCCCGCCAUGGUGUCGUGGAUCAUCUCCAGGCUGGUGGUGCUUAUAUUUGGCACCCUUUAUCCUGCAUAUUAUUCAUACAAGGCUGUGAAGUCCAAGGACAUUAAAGAAUAUGUCAAAUGGAUGAUGUACUGGAUUAUAUUUGCCCUCUUCACCACAGCAGAGACGUUCACAGACAUCUUCCUUUGCUGGUUUCCGUUCUAUUAUGAAUUAAAAAUAGCAUUUGUAGCCUGGCUGCUGUCUCCCUAUACAAAAGGAUCCAGCCUCCUGUACAGGAAGUUUGUUCAUCCCACACUAUCUUCAAAAGAAAAGGAAAUUGAUGACUGCCUGGUCCAAGCAAAAGAUCGAAGUUAUGACGCCCUUGUGCACUUUGGGAAGCGGGGACUGAAUGUGGCAGCCACAGCAGCUGUGAUGGCUGCCUCCAAGGGACAGGGUGCCUUGUCAGAGAGACUCCGGAGCUUCAGCAUGCAGGACCUCACCACCAUCAGGGGUGAUGGUGCUCCUGCUCCCUCAGGCCCUCCUCCGCCAGGGACUGGACGGUCGAGUGGCAAACAUGGCCAGCCCAAGAUGUCCAGGAGUGCUUCAGAGAGUGCCAGCAGCUCAGGCACCGCCUAGAACCCUUCGAUCCCGCUUCAGGAAGAAAAGUACCUCAUCCUCGGCCACUGAAACCACGUGAGAUGAGCCAACAGCACCGGAUCCACAGAUGUCUGUCUCUCCUCUGCCUUAAAGAGCUAGUCGCUAGUACAUGGAAAUCCGCAGGCUGGGUGUGCUUUGAGUGUGCAGCCCCAAGACAUGGCCUUUACUUACUCCCCUCUUCUGCCUUUUAAGAAUUUUCUGUUUUCUUUCCUUUUUGUUCCUGCUGGGGAGAGGCUAAAGGGAAAAGGUGGUGGUGGAGGGUGACCUUUAUGUCUUCUGGGGUUAGGAAUUUUCCACAAUUGGAUUGUCAUUGUGGCCACAGUGUUUUUAGAUGUAUAAGCACUCUUUCCAUGAUGCUGCUGAGAUGUACAUUUGUAAUUUAUUUGUUGCAUAGUUUUUAGUCCUGUAAAUGCAAACGAAGUGAUCUUUUUUAAAACCCUUUUGUUGUUCUUGGUACUAAUACAUUGGACUAUGGUGUAUAUAUUUACAGCUUUGAGCUUAAUGUAAUGAACUCACAAGGGCUGCCAGAAGUUCUGGUGAGAAAGCUGCAAAAACAAAAACAUAGACAAACAUUUUGAUUCUAGGCAAUGUCUCCAACCUGCUUACAAAGCCAGUGUCUGUAGGGCAUCCCUUCUCCUGCAGGAAGAUGGCCAUGGGCUUCUGAUGGCUGUGUGUAAGUAGGCAGAGCUGAGGCAGGAGGAGUACAGUGUUCCAGCAACAGGGAAGAAGGUUGGUAGGCAUCAAGGAAGAGGAAGGAAGAGUACGAGUGCGGCUUCUUCAGAUCUGGGGCCCUGGCUGUCCUAAGAGGUUUGUUGUGCUGUACCUAACCUCACCUUUCCUGCCCUUUGGGUUCAAGGGCAGAAGCUUCCAAGCCCUUCAGGGAGCACUGGUACUGCUUCAGGCAGGCAGGCUCACCCUUAGCACAGCUGUUUGGGGGGUGGAGACUCAGCUGCUGGCAGAAUUGCAAGUAUCUCAGAAGCACUUGGCACGAGAGUUUCUCCUUCAGGGACCAGUGCUGUGGCUGAUUGCUCCAGGAGAAGAAGCCUACAUCUGAGCACCUUGUUUUAGAGUACACUAAGCAAAGAGAAAAGCCUACAACUAGGUUCUAUUACAGACAUGCUCAAAACAUGAAACACUCAAAUCUCAAAUGCCUGCCAGAAGGCGGGGUCUAGGGAUGACUGAGGCUAAGCCACAGGCAGCUGUGGCUCUUGCUACCUUCUGGCUUGUGUGGAAUUUGACAGGAUGCACUGACACUCAUGCUCACUCCAUGUCUUCAUGGAUGUUUUAUACAAGCCAGGACUGCACUGAGAAUUUUGACAAUUCUCUGACUUAGAUAACAUUGCGUUCUGAGGGAGCUGCUCUCUCCUCUUGAUAGCUGAGCCAAAUCGUAGGGCUAGUCUAUUUGUGCAUAGAGUUGGUGUUUUCUUUCCAUGUAAUGCAUGCAGUGGUCACAAUCCAGUUACUCCUAUUCGGAUUAUGUUUGUUCACAGCUAUGCCCCGAAGGCUAGAGAAAUAGUGUUGUAUACCACGUAGAACUGUCAGCCGACUGCAAACAGGCUCAAUUACAAACCCCUCUGAUACUGAGCUAUGCAAACAUGCACUGGGAGACUGUUACACUGGCUGGGCCUUGGCCAUUUCACGAAGGGUUUCAGUUGGAGUUCAUUGCUGCCAGAUACACCUAAUGGAAUUUUCUGAAGGUGAUUUUGUAUUUAGAACUAACCCUCAGGAACUAACCCAAGAGCUGAUGACUGAGGGUAAAUAUUCUGCCUGUGCCCUGUACCCAUCUGAACCCAUUAAGAAAAGCAUCUGUCUUCUUCAAACUCACCCAACAGCUCCAGACAGGAGAAAUGAUACCUUUAACACGUACGACCGUGUCAGUAUCUGGACGAAGAGAAAGAGGUGCAGGAAUGCCUGAAAGAAGCAGCUUUGCACCACCCCCUCCUCCGAAAUAAUAAACAGCUUUAGGGACAGUUUAAGUCCUAGUAUAUUUUCAUUGUUUUUCAACAGGAAGUCAUAACACAUCUAGGCUCUCAAGUUUGUACUCAGCCAUGCCAAAACCCGGUUUGAAGCACUCCUCUCAGACAUGCUGUAUUACUUCUUGCUCAAGAUUUAAAAUAUUAAGGUAUCUAAAUCGUUGUCUUAUUGUAAAUGUAACUAUUUUUCCUUCAAGUGUUGACUAAGAAGUUGUUUCCUCUCUUAAAGACACUCACUGUACAGCCAAACGCAGCUGUCUUCUUUCUUGAGAACUGUUUACUUUUCUGACAAGCUGUGUAUUUGUAUGUAGACUGACAAGCUGUGCAUCUGUAUGUAGACUGACAUAUGUGAAUGACCCUGAACAUGUAGAGGUGUGGUGCUGUCUACACAAGAUAAAUGAAUGUUUCUAGUUUACUGACUUAAGACACAGGCUGUUUACAAAUUGCUAGCUCGAAAGUCUACUUGUCUCAGCUUUGAGUUACUCUCCAUGGAGCACAUGCCCAAUUUCUGAAGAGGUGAGGUUCGGUCUCAUGCUCAUUAACUGGAGAUUUAGUCAUAACGCCUCUGAGUUUGUGUGAAUAGCUUCUCACUUUGCUGGCUUUGAUAUGUAUGUUCUCUGUGGUAAACUGUCCAUGUGUUUGUAUUAAGAGUGCUUGUCAAUUACAACCAUCACGUAGCUGUCCCCGGUUCUUCUCCUUGCACAGUAUUUGAAGUAUUAGACAUGGUCGAAGAUGUGCUUCAUCCUCUGACAGUGUACGCUUGAAGAGCUGAUGUUCCGGAUUGUGACUGUGCACACUUCCUCUAGGUUAUUUCUGAGUCUCUCUGGAAUGAGUGUAAUUAAUAGUAUACCGGACUGUGUAUCUAAGGGAUGUGAACUGCAGUAUUCCAAAGGCUGAAGCUCUGCUGUUUUGUUAUAAUGCCUGAUAAACAUCUUGAAUAAAGUCUUAACAUUUUUCUUUUAAAAAAAAA